AUUCCAUAAAUGUUCUUGGUUCAGAAUUUGUUUACACGUUGCCCUGCGAUGGACAAGUGUCCAAUCCAGGGUGUAUUUCCACUUCACAUGUUUCCAGCUUCUGUCCAGGCUCUGGAGAUCUUCUAUUUGAGUAAGGGUACCAAAGAACCAGCUGUUUUGUUGUUUUUGAACUGCAGUUAAAUGUUAACAUUUAUUCAAACUUUUUUUUUUUUUUUUUUUUACUUUAUUUUGAUCAGUUUCUAUAGACAUCUCUGAUUGUAGACUGACAUUAAAGUUGUGAAUAGCUGAUUUUAAUAGCAAAGAAGGACUGAAUCUGUAAUGAGAGAAGUACAUAUGGGUGUGAUGGUCAGGUUUCUACAUGCUUGAAGUAAUGGAGUACAUUAGAUUGUUGAGCAAUUCCUAUCCUCCACAGCAAACAGUUUCAGUGCUUAGACAGGUAAUAAUUUGUGCAAACUAUGCAGUUAAUUCUAAAGGAAUAUCCAUUUUUUUUUCUUGCAGCUGUGCCAUAUCCUGGAUAUGCUCAGGAAGACAAUGAGAAAGAACAGCAAAUAUGAACCAUAAAUUAAUACCAUACACGCCUGUUUUGUGAUUUGUGUAUUAUAAUAAAUAUCAAGGUUUUUUAAAUAUAGCAAAUUAAAGCAUCCUUAAAAACUGCCACUCAAAUGUUUUUGAACAUACGUUUGUCAGCAGAAUGUAUUUAGAAUAUUAUGCAAACCAGCAUUUGAGCCACUAGGUGGUGAACUAACCUAAGGUUGGACUGCUUUACAAGUCGUGUCUGUUUCUGUGUGUUCCUGUGUGUGGGUGUUAACGAACCAAUUCGCAGGUUAUUAGAUUACUGCAUGUACUAAAUGUAAAAAUCUGUGUGUGAUAAAGGUAGAAUUUGUGAAAAAAGGACAACAUUGUGACAACAUUCAGAACACCUUCUUAUGAAUGUAAAAAAAAAUCAGUAAUCUCACAAAUUAAACUAGUUUAUGUUUACAGUACCUAAUUUAAAUGACAUUGAGCCGUUUGGGAGCAAAAAGAGUCGACUCAUAGCUGAUCAGACUCAAAUGCUAUGAAAUCAUUAUGAAAUAACUAUCGGUCAAUAGGAAAUCACAAUAUUUCAUAUAACAAGAUUGAUCAUUUACAUUUAAUGACAAAUCAAUCAGCAUUCGGGCUAUUUGAUUUUAAAGGAGUUCAUUUUCUGCACUGAUCCGCUUAAUCUCUUACACUGCGUCGUUCGGUUGCUAUAGCAACCCCGAACGACGCGAACACCACCGAGUGCUUGAUCACGCUAAUGUCAUAAAGAAAGUGAUACAGCCUGGGCUCAUCUGUAAAGGGUCCAGAUAACCAGGACACAUUUCAAUACAAGCCCAAAUGCAGAGAUGGAAGAAGAAGGCUGCGCCAAUGACGAUCACAUAGAAAUCUGUACCUCAAAACUUUCAGGAAGCAAAAAGAAGAAAAAAAGAAAAAAGAGAUUGUGGAUCAAUCUCACCAACUGUAAAUAUGAAAGUGUGCGUCGUGCUGCUCGCAGAUAUGGUCUGCGAGAGGUUGGGGAAGGAGAAGACUGGAGCUUAUUUUGGACUGAUUUAUCAGUCUCUCUGGAUAGAGUCAUGGAAAUGAAGCGAUAUCAGAAAAUCAACCAUUUUCCAGGAAUGAAUGAGAUAUGUAGGAAAGAUCUCCUUGCACGAAACCUGAACCGUAUGUUGAAGCUCUUCCCAAAAGACUAUAGCAUCUUUCCCCGUACUUGGUGCCUUCCUGCAGAUUACAGUGAUUUUCUAGCUUAUGCAAGAGCCAAAAAGCAUAAGACAUAUAUUUGCAAACCAGAAUCAGGUUGCCAAGGACGCGGUAUAUUUCUCACCAAGUCCAACAAAGAUAUCCGACCAGGUGAACACAUGAUUUGCCAGGUGUACAUUUCUAAGCCAUUUUUAAUUGAUGGAUUCAAGUUUGACUUGCGCAUUUAUGUGUUGGUGACUAGCUGCGAUCCCUUCCGCAUCUUUGUGUACAAUGAGGGACUGGCUCGUUUCUGCACGAACCAGUAUAGUGAGCCCACCCAUAACACUAUGGAUGAUGUCUGCAUGCACCUGACCAACUAUGCCAUCAACAAGCACAGUGAGAAUUUUGUACAUGAUGACGACCAGGGAAGCAAACGGACGCUCUCAGCCUUCAACAAGUGUCUGGAGUCAAUGAGAUAUGACCCACAGAAGGUGUGGGCAGAUAUUGAUGAUGUAAUUAUUAAGACCCUCAUCUCAGCUUAUCCUGUUCUCAAUCACAACUACCACACCUGCUUUCCCACCCAUACAGCAGGCAAUGCCUGCUUUGAGAUCCUGGGCUUUGAUGUUUUGCUGGACCACCGACUCAAGCCCUGGCUACUAGAGGUCAAUCAUUCUCCUAGCUUCACCACAGACUCUAAGUUGGACCAUGAGGUAAAGGACAGCUUACUGUAUGACACGCUGGUGCUGAUUAACCUGGGGACAUGUGAUCGCAAGAAGAUCACAGAAGAGGAGAAACGUAGGGUGAAAGAGCGACUUCAACAGAAUCGUUCCAGAGAGGCCAGGAAUGAGGAACUUCGCCAGGCAGAGGCUGUCCGUAUGGAGCAGAUGCAGAAAUAUGAAGCCAAUCACCUUGGGGGAUUCCGUCCAAUCUACCCAACAGCGGGAGAAGACAAAUAUGAGAAAUAUUUUCAACAAAGCAGCUCUCUGUUCCAGGAGACUGUAGCCUCUAAAGCAAGAGAGGAUUGUUCUAGGCAGCAGUUGCAGGAGCUGCGUCUGAAGCAGGAACAGAAAGAACGAAAGCAUAAAGGAAAACAGAAGGAUCUACAAGGAGAAUCUGCAGGAGAAAGAGCCAAAUCGCGCAGAGGGCAAACGUACCACAUGCACACAAAACCACACUCUGAACUAGAAUCCAUGCCCCUUCCGACUUCAACAGGAGGGACAUCCUUGUAUCUGGAGUUGUCAAAAGAAGAGGAAGCAGAGGAGUUGGAACGUGUUAAUGCACUUCUUCAGCGAAAAAACUUGCUCCGGGACUUGGGUGUGGUUGAUCAGGUUUAUAAGCUGCUACACAGUAUCCAUUCGCAGCCUGGUCCCACCAAGGUCUUACAUAAACAAGGGAAUGUCUCUUUACCCAAACCACGUGAAAGUAUCAGUCAGUUGGGUUCUCUGACAGAUCUUUGGAGGCAUAAAUUACCUUGUACUGUGAGACAGCGGAUAGUUCCUCCAGGAGACAAGCCAUGCCAGCAGUAUUUGCACUCUCGCCUCAUGCAGCAUUGCACACCGCUGACUAUACUUGAUUGGAGGCCUCCCAGGCCAGUACUCAGUGAGCCAACCAGUUUUCAGCAUAUCGACCUCGAAACAAAAGCAUCUGAUGUUGAGUGGCAAAAGCUUCCAGAUCCCAGGAGGGCUGCUAGUGCACACCGUGUAGCCCGGACAAUUACUAGCCCUGGAAGUAUUAGAUCAUGCUUUGGGGAGUCCAGGAACCAGGCUCCAAUAAUGACUAUGCAACAGCUGGGAUCAAGACAACUGUGUUCUUCUCCCAUGUCCUCUGACCAUAAAGCCUUGCAGAAUUUGUUUGUCGUCUCCACUUCAGCCCCUCUUGUCCCACGUCCAGGUCACAGUUACACUUUCCACAAAGGCCACUUCAAAAACUUUCAGCAAGGACAAAGAUGAUAUACAAGUCUUGUGUUCUUGUUUUUGGAGUAUGAGAUAAACUGGUUGAAGGUGACCUGUUUUUUUCUUUUUCAUAAAAUAUUAUAUUUCUUUUAAUAACACAUAAAUCAGUUAUAACUGAGCCAUCAUAUAUUCUGAGCCAGAAAGCAAAGAAACCUUUAUUUACUUGCAGUAUUUUCUAAGUGGAACUGUGGGACAAUAAUUCACUGUUUAUUUUUUGUUCUAAAAGUACAAGUCAACUAUAAAAAAGUCUUUGUAGUGACACUGUGUAUUCAAAUAUCAUUACAGUUCUUUGGAGUGAUGCUACAUACCUGUUUUGUGAUUUCCUGGAACCUUUUUUUUUUUCUUUCAUGUGGCACUAAUAUAACCACACCCUAGAUAUCACCAAUAUGUCAUGGGAUCUUUGAGUUGUGGCAGUAAUAACAAUUAAAGUUUAAGAUAUGGUCCAAAUUAUUCUUUAGGGAAUCAAAAAAUCUUUGAUUGCCCUACAGUUUACACAAAAUAAGUAAACAAUAGACAAUCAAUUU